CGUGACAGUCUAUUGGAGAGUGUCGUGUUGCUUUCCGAGCCACUUCUCUCUACUCUGCGGUCGACAAUGUGGCUGAUCUUCGAGAUUUUUGUGGUGCUCUUCAAGAUCUUCAUCUGCUAUAUAGAAGCAGUGUUUCGGACAGUUGUCCGUCCAUCCAAGAAAAAUAUCGAAGGGCAGACGGUGUUAAUCACAGGUGCUGGUGGUGGAAUUGGCAGACAGUUGGCUCUGGAAUUUGCUGCUCAUGGUGCUAAGCUGGUCUUGUGGGACAUAAACAAAGAUUCAAAUGAAGAGACGGCUGCUCAAGUACGUGCCCAUGGUAAAGUGGCUCACACCUUUGACUGUGACUGUAGCAGCAGGGAAGAUGUUUAUCGGGUGGCUGCAAAGGUACAGCGGGAAGUUGGAGAUGUGGACGUAUUGGUAAACAAUGCUGGAAUCUUGAUUGGAAAGAAAUUGAUGAACUUAAAAGAUGUCGAGAUUGAAAGAACUAUGAGAAUCAACACUUUGGCACACUUUUGGACUGUAAGGUCAUUUCUUCCAAACAUGCUGGAGAAAAACAAGGGUCACAUUGUUAACAUAACAUCACUGGCAGGCAUUUUUCCUGUAUCCAACUUGACAGACUACUGUGCAUCUAAAUUUGGGGCAACUGGAUUCAGUCAUUCUUUAGCACUGGAGCUCUAUGAAAUGGGCAAAACUGGGGUAAGAGUGACUUGUGUUGAACCGUACACCACAAACACUGGACUUGUGUGGCAUCCAAAGGCACGUUUUCCAUCCUUGUAUCCUACACUGGAGCCAGAAUAUGUGGCGAAAGAGACAGUGGCUGGCAUACUCAGAGAUCAACCAGUUGUUAUGAUUCCUCGUCAUAGUGCAGUAAACUUUGCCCUGAAUGCGAUCAUGCCAGCAAAAGCCGCGCUGGUGUUAUAUGACUUCCUUCAAGUCGGAGUGGGUGAACACGUUCCAGCAGAUGAAAAGAAGUCUGAUUAGAUGCUGGGUUAGAGCUGACUUGUCUCCGACCUUCUCUCACCAUAAAAAAACAAACAAACAAAAAACAUUAAAGGGUGUGAAUCUUUUCCUGCUGAAAAAUCAACGGUGCUUUCAUUAUGCCAAAAAUUCCGGUAAUUUAGGUCGAAAGUCAGAUGGAAAGGUCCGGUUCGGUUCGGUCCAACAGGAAUAUUCGGACCACUUCGGUUGGACCGGUCGGACCGAAUUGCCGUUCCAUUUUGACAAACCCGUUUGAGCAUUGCCCUGCUUCUCUUCUGUAGAUUUCACUUAUCUAGGGAAUUCGGAAAAGUAAUUUAUAAAAAUAGUAAUGGCCAUUCCUCUCGGUUGGCCUGGUUUGAUCGGAAAAUAUCGUUUUGUUUUCCUCGGUUAGUCCCGCUGGUCUCUGACCGGUCGCUCUGGCAUAAUGAAAGCACCCUAAGUCUUUAGUAUCAUCUGUAUAGAAGAAUGUUAAAUACAUACUGUAGUAUGGAUGAUUAUGUACACAUGCAUACAGACAUGCCAACCCCUGAUAAAGGGAAAUCAGGAUAUCCAUGAGAAAAACAAAUGCUAGUAAUGAUAAUAAUAAAAAUUCGGGAGGUUCUAUUUUUUUUCUGAAAAAGAUUCAACAAACCCUUCUUUACACCAUUUUGAUCCAAUUGUGAUCGCUCGUGUCGUAUGAACUCGCAAAGACUACAAGGAAACUAAAAACAAGCGCAAAUCACACUGUACGUUAGAAACCACUAAAUGUAAUGCUGAAUAGUGAUUUGUUCCCCUCUAUUAGUUCAUUACUUUAUGGCACGGCCACUUCUCAGUAAUUUUUCAUUUUUAUUCAACGAGGUAAUAUUUCAUUUCACAAUUUCCCCCCAAAAUCCGCGGGAGUCUUUUCGUGACGGCUGUGAAAAAAGAUCAAAAAAAUCGUAAGACUGAUCCAGAAUCGAGAGAGUUGGCAGGUCUGUGAUAUCCAGAAGAAACGUGUAUGCCUGGUUGAUUAUUCUUGUCGGUUUGUUCUCAGAAUGAUUUUUUUCUUCACAAAUAUUUUCACAAAUUGGUGUUUUUUAGUCAAAAUCUUUCUGUGUAAAUUUUUAGUAUCUAAAGAUUGUUUCAAGAGAUUCGUCUAAACUACAUAUAGAGAAAUUCAAAGCUUAAACGUUUGUUUUUAAUUGUUUUAAACCGGUUUUACAGAGUUCUUACACAGUUUACCCAGGGCAACCUAGAAGUGUUUAGAAUCCUUUAGGUUUUUGUUUCACAUGUGCCGGUGAAUGCAAAGGUGGCAUUUUCCCCUUAUCCAGGUGUAUUUCAUCACUUGACGGUCAAAUACACACAGUACAUGGAUUUUAAAUCUGUAUGCGGUGAUCAUUGUCAAAAUCGGACUCUUAAUGAACUGUGCGUGUCGAACUAUGUGCAACUUAGACUACUAAUUGAACAAAACAAUAAACAAAAGAAACUAUCGAC